AUGACUGGGGAAAAACCUCGACCACUCAGUCACCAUCUUGCAACAGCAAGGAUAUGGCGAUACCCUUCACUAUGGAGCAACGCCGACUUGAGCAGACUCGGGUGUCGGUUCGAAAAUGUCGAUCCAGACUAUGUGGACUACAACAAGGAUCAUAAAUGGGUGGGCAGUGCACCCUGUUCCCGACUGGCCACUGUGAGGCAGCCCAGUCUCGCGGAGAUGUUCGCCAUCCACCCUCAUCAUCCCACACGAUUGGAAUGUCUAACGGAGAUCCUGGCCUGGGGUCCUUCAUGGACAAAAGGGCCCUUUCCAAAUUUGCGCGAAGGGCGUCCAUUCUUCUUUCAAAAUGUCAACAUCCGCCGAAGCUCGAAUGGUGCCUCACCAAGGUACAAGAUAUUCAGUCACCGCAAGCACAUCAAAGCCCAUCUAGCAGAGGAUCCACCCCGGGUAAUAGGCUAUCUGAACUACGAGGAGAUGUGGAAAUUCCGAGGUCGUCAAUCUGAAUCGCGUCGCCACCCUCGCUUGGAACAGAAAGUCAUGGGCGGAAAGGCUGGUCCAUCUACGCUGGCUAAUUGGAGAACAGAGCCAUUCUUGCUCUUCAUAUUAUUAGGCAUAGCUCAAAUCCACCGCCUCAAGUACAAUGAUGCAUCGUCCAACGGAACACUUACAACCCGUCUGCUAGUACACAACUGGCUCAAUGAUCCAAGCCACAUAUAUCUCUACGAGGUAACAUGGGAUACAGCUCUCAUCGACGCUUUGAUACACCAGGGCAAAACCAUCUCGGCAAUCAAACCAUUCAAUAUUGUUUGGAAACGAAUAUCCCUCAAGCCGUAUGAAUCUUUUCCUCGUCGACUUCAUGAUAUUCUUUUAAAUGGCUCAAUACGAGCUCGCCUUUUGGGCACAAUAGAGAAUAUCCCACAGCUUCCAACCCCGAACCCUACAGAAACUCCCAUCGAGAGCACUCGAAAACAACUUGAACUCGACAACUUGAAGCUCCAAUCUCACACUACCCAAACAAAACGAAAAAGAAAAUACACCGAAGAUGCCGAAACUUCUGAAGAUGACGAGAGAUGGAAAGGGAAACGCCGAAGGUCCGGAGGUACCGUGGAAAGACCCAUCCCUUACCAAAAAAGAUACAAAGCGAAAUUCGAAAAGAUAUCGACUGCAGACAGCGAAUAUAGUAGCGAGGAAACGGCAGAAAUCAAAGGCCCUGUCUCGGGACGCACACGGUCAAAACAGUCCAAAUUUCAAGCCAAUUCCGCAAGGGAAAAGACGAGCUCCAAGAAUAUGAAAAUGAAGUAA